AUGGAGAGCCUAGAAGAAACCAUGCGGGCAGCUGCCAACAACAGUGCCCAAACUGUGGCUGGUGAUGCUCCGGCAUCCCAGCAACCGCCGCCGGCGCCAGAAGAACUGAGGACCUCGCUCUCAGACCCUUCGCUAGACAGAAGCAAGAUAUUCCUAACCGACUCUAUCGACGAUCCUUCUACAGUCCAUUCGCCUUCGUCAAAAACAUCUCGCACACCCGACCACGAUGCGCUCGAUGCCGCUCCAGAGCGAUCCUUCCCGCAGCUGUCUUACAACCCGUCGCUAUCUGCCGAAGAGAGGGACUUUGCCGGCGUCAACGAGGAACCCACAGCUCCCUCCUUUGAUCGAUCUGGCUCGCCGGUGACCUCGACUCAGAAGAGCAAGGCAUCCUUCUAUGAGAAGGUCGGCGAAGAGGGCAUUGUGCGUAUGCACAAAUUCACUCUAUACGAGACAUCGACGAAAUACUAUCUGGUUGGGAUCGAUCAACUAGACACACGCUACAGGAUACUCAAGAUUGACCGCACCUCAGACUCGGAUGACUUGAACUUGGUGGAAGACGACAUCGUUUAUAGCAAACAUGAAAUGAACCAAUUGCUGGAGACCAUUGAGGACGGUAACAAGAGCUCGGGCGGCCUGAAACUCAGAUGUAGCGCGUGGGCAUUGCUUGGUUUUAUCCGGUUCACGUCGGCUUAUUAUAUGUUGCUGGUUACCAAGAGGAGCUCCGUCGCCAAUAUUGGCGGCCACUUUAUCUAUCAAGCAGAUGCAACGGAGUUGAUACCUCUUAUCACAUCAGCAUCGUCUCGUAUCAAGCUCGAGAAGAAUCCCGACGAGGCUCGCUACAUAGCUAUACUGAACAACCUCGACCUUUCUCGAUCGUUCUAUUUUAGUAACUCAUACGACAUCACACGUACGCUGCAGCGUAACAUUGCUCGAGAACGCCAAUCGAUUCGGGAAGAUCCUGACAGACUCCCCUUAUAUGACCACAAUUCCAUGUUUGUUUGGAAUCACCACCUGCUGGGUCCUGCUGUGGCCAAUAUGAAAACCGCAUAUGAUUGGUGUCUGCCUAUUAUCCAUGGCUACGUUGAUCAGUCUGUCCUGUCAGUCUAUGGACGAUCAGUAUAUAUCACUAUCAUUGCUCGUCGGUCCAGGUUUUUUGCUGGUGCAAGGUUCUUAAAACGCGGUGCCAAUGACCUGGGUUACGUUGCUAAUGAUGUCGAGACCGAGCAAAUUGUCUCUGAGAUGACAACCACAUCUUUUCAUUCGCCAGGGCCGAAACUCUACGCAAACCCACGCUACACUUCAUACGUACAACAUCGUGGUAGUAUCCCUUUAUACUGGACCCAAGACAGCACUGGUGUGAGCCCAAAGCCUGACAUUGAGCUGAACCUCAUUGACCCCUUUUAUUCGGCGGCUGCAUUGCAUUUCGAUGAUCUUUUCGAACGGUAUGGGGCACCGGUGUAUGUGUUGAAUCUGAUAAAGGCGAGAGAGCGGACGCCUCGGGAAUCAAAACUGCUCAAAGAAUACACCAAUGCCAUUACAUAUCUCAAUCAAUUCCUACCAGAAGACAAGAAGAUAAUAUACAAGGCGUGGGAUAUGAGUCGGGCUUCCAAGAGCCGUGAUCAGAAUGUUAUUGACACUCUUGAGGAUAUAGCCUCAGAUGCUCUUCCCAUUACUGGCUUCUUCAAGAAUGGAGACGACAAGGAAUCGGGCCUGCAACUUCAAAGCGGAGUUGUGAGAACGAAUUGCAUUGACUGCUUAGACCGAACUAAUGCUGCCCAAUUCGUUAUUGGAAAAAGGGCAUUGGGACAUCAGCUACAUGCUCUCGGCGUUAUUGAAGGCACACAGAUAGAGUAUGAUACUGAUGCUGUCAAUAUGUUUACUAAUAUGUGGCAUGAUCACGGAGAUACGAUUGCGAUUCAAUAUGGUGGAUCGCAUCUGGUCAACACGAUGGCGACAUACCGCAAGACAAAUCAAUGGACGAGCCAAUCUCGCGAUAUGGUUGAAAGCUUCAAAAGAUACUACAAUAAUUCUUUCUUGGAUGCGCAGCGUCAGGAAGCAUACAACCUCUUCCUCGGCAAUUAUAUAUUCAGUCAGGGGCAACCCAUGCUUUGGGACUUGUCUACGGAUUACUACCUGCAUCAUACGGAUCCUCGUACAUGGUCCAAAAUCAAACGCCCGAAUUAUAUCACUUGGUACACGCCAGAAUACCUUGAGAAAGGGGAUGAAAAUGUCAAAUGCCCCCCUCCAGUCACGAUCAAAGAUCAUUCUUUGACAUAUUAUGAUGACUAUUGGUUAGAAUACUACCGCCCUACAUCAGUGACGUCCUUUGGGAAGAUCUACCCACUGAGGAUAAAUUCAACUAUGAAAUACCUGCCUUUUCGCUCUACACAAGGUGGUCGGUACGACUUGAGCCCUUUCGUUGUCCGAAUACCCCAGCACGAGCCAGCCAGUCGAGAACGAGCAGCUGCUCAGCAACAGCGACCAUCAUCAUCGCAUCAGAGAAAGGGAGUAACGAUCCAAGAACCAGAUGUCGUGAAUGGGAAGUCGAGCGGUACUUAUCGCGGCGCCAAUGUUAUGGAUCAUAUCCACACUUGGCAGCACCAGCCGCCGUCUGCAGAGAAAAUGCCUCCUCCAUCAGGUAUCAUGAAAGGAGCAGUGGCCAGAAACAAUCUAGACCAGAUCACUAGAUUUGCGUCACUUCAAUCACCGUCUCAGGUAGACAAUGCUGGCACAGAGGCGACGCCAAGUAAAGCCCAAAUUGCCCAAUGGACACUCGGCCAGCUGGUAACAGAGUCUCUGAACCCGUCUGUCACCACCGCCGAAGCCGAAGAGUACGAGCGCUACAUCAACCAUCCGCUGAAAGUGCCCCUCGUCGUCACAUCAGACGAUGAUCUUGAAACAGCUUCGUCUCUACGAGAACGGGGCGCCAGCCUUGAGUUGUUGGAGUAUGUCAAUAAAGCAAGCGGUGUCAGCUCUGGGGGGAUGCGAGAUUCAUUUGUUGCAGAGGAAGACUUGAAUGAUUACGUCGAGUUUUUGAAUGUGAACCAGGAAGGGUUAACAGUUGUAGCCGAUGACUAUGAUAAGAAGAGGUAUAAGAGAUAUAGACAAUGGCUGAGGGGGAAAAGCCUGUUCAAACAAAGGGUGGACUUGUAA